AAAACCAUGCUAACAAUUUUAUUAGGCAAAUUGAUCAAUUAAGAAAUUUUACAGAUUUUUAUUCUUCAUAACAUAACAUGACCCAUGAGAGAACUAUGUUUAUAUAUAGUGAAUUAAAGAUUUAAUAAGAAAAUGAGUAAAUGUUUUAAAUUAUAAAAGUGAGAAAUCAAAAACAGUGAACUUCUGGUGUAAACCAGAAAUGGAGGUACAUAUUCAGGAGAAUUCCGUCGAUGGCUGUAAUAGUAAUGAUGAGGACAGUAGUGAUGGAGAACAGCUGAAGAAUGAUGAGGAUCAAUCUUCUCCUAAAUCUUCAACGUCGAAAUCUCCAACCUCCUCCAAACACAGUGAUAAGAAUACUGGCCCAGCAAGGGAGGUCCUUUCCACCCUAGAGAAGUAUAAAAGAAGAGCGGAGGCAAGAACUGUUCAAUCUAUUCUUAAUGAUGAAGAUGCUAUAAAGUUUGGAUAUAGUGACAGUGAUAGUGUAGGUGGGGAGUCAGAUAUUUGGACAGAAUAUGGACAAGAGGUAUGUGAGGAAACAGGGAAUAAGGAUGUAUAUACAAAAUGGAAGCCACCAAAAAAUAAACUUACUCAGGAAAUACGUAGAAGAAAAUCAAUUAGACAGAAGGGAAUGCAGGCAGCUGAACUGGAAAGACGAGAAAGCAGAUUGGACACAGCUUUAACAUCAGUUACUGCAGGCCAAGGUAAAACUAGUUCUCAAAUCUUCUUCUACGAUUGGUCAGAAAAUUACAGAAAAGUUCUCAAGGAAAUGAAAUCUGAUGCGAAAAAUAUUAAAGCUGGUUCACAAAAUGAAGAUUCAGCCGACCAUCAAUCAGAAUCAGAGACUAGUCAAAGGUCGUCUUCCAAUUCUGAAAGUCAGAAAGCAGUUUGUCAACCGAAUAUAAAUCCUUUUUCCAAACCCUCUCAUCCACUCUCCAGCUCUCCUAGCAGAAACACCUCCCCAACAGCAUCUCGGAGACAGAGCACCUUCAUGCAGAACAGCAGUCUAGGUUUGAUGGGCAACAGAAGAAUGUCCAAGAAAUUUGUCAAGGAAUUGUUUGAUGUCAAAUGCUGGGUUCCAAGCUAG